UUUGUAGAUAGCUGAAGUUCACGUACCAAAGAAGGAACGUUAGACCGAUGUUUAACAAACAGUUGUUCAUUUUAAUUUGGUGGCUGAUAGCAGGGAUAUCGACUGAAAUAGUGACAAUAUCAGAUUGUAAACUUGGAGAAGAGUUGAACCCUACAGCUACAGCAUGUACGAUGUGCAGACCAGGGCACUACAGAAACAGUACAAUGUCAGAGUGCGCUAAAUGUGCUGUGAACAGUAUUGCACCCUACAGAGAAAGUAUAUUGUACGAGAACUGUCCGAAGUGUUCAGAUGGGGCUGUAGCCGAUGAACCGAGGUGGCAGUGUAUUGAGUGUAGGAUUGGGACGUACAGGAGCUCUGACCUGACUGUCUGUACGGGCUGUCCUCUCAAUACGUACGCUAGUAGCACAGGGAGUUCGGAAUGUGCGGAAUGUGGGGCCGGAACAGCGGCUAACUCUCUGAGAACCGGAUGUGACAAGUGUCCAGUGGGAGAGUACAGGAGUUCAGAUAUGGACACGUGUUCAAAGUGUGCUACAGAGGGAACUGAACCGAAUGUAGAACAGAGUACUUGUGUUGAUAUUCCGACUUGUGGACCCGUGAACAUCCCCAACUCUAUAGUGAGCAGUGACAGUGAGGAGCAGCUACGUGGAACUGUUGUGCACGUGACAUGUAUCGAUGGUUUUCACCACGUGGGCACAGAGAGUAUCACGUGUCAGGGAUCACGUGACUGGUCACAUGAUAGUAUUGUUGAUACAGCGCGAACAUGUCAGAGAUUAGAAAACAAACAUUUCUAACCUCGUCGAACAAGAAAGGAGUGAUUGGAAGGGAGGUUAUGGCAGUUUCUAGUCUAGCUACCACUCUACUGUC